AUGAAGUUUAUUGAUGAGUUUGACAUAGAAUUGGUAAAUCAGGCCCUUCAAUUUGAAACGGCAGAUUGCCGAAUACAAGGCGGUUGUGAUUUAUUUUCCACGAGGCCCGCUGGGUCCGAUAAGAAACUUUACAAAAUCAUCGACAACCACUUGAACUUGUUACUCAAGGAAUCUGCCGAAUUGAACGACAAUCCUCCUAAGGAAAACCCGUAUUAUCCAACGAGAUCUUAUUCGUCGACCCAUACCGUUAGACCGUUCCGAUCAAAUUCAGAAACCAAAAGAAGAAACAGUGAGAGUCUUAGCAGCAGGAACCCCAGCGUCGAGCCGGUGGAAUUCAAGCACCCAAAGUUGGAUGUGCAAAAGCUCGAGGAGUUGCUGAAUCUGAAGAGCAAUGCCAUUAACAACAACAAUAAUAUCAGUAACGAUAAUAAUAGUGAAAACCAAGCUUUAACGAAUAAGAAACCUAGAAGGAAAAGCCAGGUAAGUCAUAGGAAAAGUAGUGUUACUGAAAGGCCAAUUUUUGCAAGGGAUAUUAUUAGACGAAGAAGCAUGAGUUCUUCUGAAAAUAUUUCCAAUGGUCAUCACAAGCAAGAAGAAGAACAAUUCACUCCACCACGGGUAUAUGAUUUGAUCAAUCAGAGUCCGUUUGGACCUUUGGACCGCAGCGGCAGCAGGAAAGUAUUUGUUUACUUGAUUGCUGUUUUGAACUCCACGUAUCCGGACCAUGAUUUCUCAUUAUUGGAACCAAGUGAUUUCAUCAAAGUCACCCCAAUGGAGCUUAUUGAGAAAUUCAACAAUUCGUUGAUAUCCCUCGGUAAGAUGCCGAUGGAAUGGAUCUGGGACACGUUACAAGAUCACAUUGACUUAAGAAAUUGCAGCGUAUACUAUUUUGUUCCAUCAGAGUCAUUUUUAGAAGAUGAACCAGGGAGUUUAUGGUCACAAAUGUGGUUUAUUUUCAAUAAAAAGAAGAGACGGGUGGCGUAUCUUUAUUUGAAUGCCAUCAAGAGGCUGGUACCGUUUAGAAGCAGUUAUUAUAUUGGUAAUGGAGGGAAACGUAGAGAAUCCAUUACUAUCGAUGACGAAUACGAUGAAGAUUCGUAUGACGAGUUCGAGUAUAGUGAUUAUGCCGAAGAGGCAUUAAUGUCGGAUAUUGAUGAAGAAGGGGAUUAA